UGUCUUGACACAUAAAAACCAUAUCCCACGCGCCGACACGCCAUCUCCAACACAAUCUCGUCUAUAGAAAAACCGCCUUCUCGCUUUCAUUCUCUGCCCGUCGUUUUUUCGUUAUAUGAAAAAGGAAACCCCAUAAGAAAAAAACAUCUCCCAUUUCUUUCUCUCAAAUGGGUUGCUUAAGCGUGGGUUACCAACCAAAUCUGGAGUGACCCAUGUCAUGGUUAUCUACCAUUUGAAGAAAAUAUCUUCACAUCGCAGCCCAUUUCUCUUUCGUCUCUAUGUUCUUUAAUACUGUCUUCUAAUAGCGAGUUUCUCUGUACUCGCUAUUUGGGAGCUUUUUCUUUUUUUCUAUUUUCUCUUUGCGCCAUUUCUUUUUCUCUUUAAAUCUGGCCUCACCCAGUUGGGCACUGACACUGGAGGUGGCUUAAAACCAGGUUCUGAUGUCCUGAUUUACUGGGGGGAUAUGUAAGUUGGAUAUCUCAGAGAUGAAUCCAUGGCAUCAAGACACCACAAUCUGAUAAAAGAGGAAGGUGGGCAGGAUAUGAUGAUGAGUUUUAUAUAUAGCUUGUUGCUUUGUGGGCUAGGUUAUACAUGCAAUGUCAUGGUUGCACGGUUGUCCUUUUUAUGCUGCAUAUGGAUCGGAUGUGAUGUGACUACAGUAUAAAUCUGGCAGUUUGCUGUAAUGGAAGACUAUUUCUUCUACCUCCUAUUUCUUUUGCUAAAUGCUUGCUAAAUUUAUUUUUAUUGUAAAUUUUAUUUCAUCCUCUCUCUACCAGGCCUGUUGUUGGUUGCCUCUUCAUCAUGGAGGGAGAAACUUCUUGGAUCAAUGAUUGCUUUGAUGAUGCGGCAAGAGACAUUGGCAAGUUCGAGUCGUUCACAGAUCUUAGUGAUGAAGGCAAUAAAGAAAUUAAUGCAGUUUCUGUUGAUCUAAUCUUGCCUAAUGACCUGUUGGAAAGGAUCAUAGCCUAUCUUCCCAUUGCUAGCAUCUUUAGAGCAGGUUCUGUGUGUAAAAGAUGGCAUGAGAUUGUUAGUUCAAGGAGGUUUUUGUGGAAUUUUUCACAUGUUCUAUCACAAAAACCUUGGUAUUUUAUGUUUACGAGCUCUGAUGAACCUGUUGGCCAUGCAUAUGAUCCAAUCCUCAGAAAGUGGUACAACAUUGAUCUCCCCUGCAUUGAGACAUCCAGUUGGUUCAUUUCUUCAUCUCGUGGUUUAGUUUGCUUCAUGGAUAAUGACAGCCAAAGUGAAUUAUACGUCUGCAACCCUAUCACCAAAUGCUGCAAGAAGCUUGAGGAGCCUCCAAGUUUAAAAGUUGCUGAUUACAGUGCACUUGCAAUUUCAGUGGACAGGAUGUUACAUGGUUAUACUAUCUCAAUUGUGAAGUCUAAACAAGUCCCAGGAAAUUUUUUUCAGUGGGAUCUUUCUGUUUAUACUUAUGAUUCUGAAACAAGGAUGUGGGUGGCUUCUUGGGCAGAGGUUUUGACAGGGUGGAGAAGUGGCGAUGAGAGUGUAAUCUGUGAUGGUGUUUUGUAUAUUUUAAUUUACUCAACUGGGGGUGGCACACCAGAGAAUCGUCAUGGUCUAAUUACAUAUAAUCUCUCCAGCAGAUCUUCCCAUGGUUUAUUGAUAAGGAGCUUUAUUCCAGUUCCUUGUCCUCUUACUUGUGGACGGCUGAUGAAUUUGAAGGAGAAGCUAGUAAUGGUGGGAGGAAUUGGCAAGCAAGACCGGCCUGACAUAAUUAAGGGGAUUGGGAUUUGGGUCCUAAAUGGCAAGGUAUGGCAAGAGAUUGCUCGUAUGCCACACAAGUUUUUCCAAGGAUUUGGGGAGUUUGAUGAUGUUUUUGCUAGCAGUGGCACAGAUGAUCUUAUAUAUGUGCAGAGCUAUGGGGCUCCAGCUCUUCUUGUUUUUGACAUGAAUCAGAAACAGUGGAAAUGGUCACAAAAGUGCCCAGUGAUAAAGAGGUUCCCGCUUCAGCUCUUUACUGGUUUUUGCUUUGAACCUAGGCUUGAGAUUGAACCAUAAUUCGUUCUUUAUUGGAUUUAAUGUGGUGGUGAAGAUGGAGGUCCCACAUUUUCCUUUUUGUUUGUUUUGGCUCGUAUUUUCAACCAUUAUGAAGUCUGUUCUGCAGAAGUUUACGCAAAAUGUAAUCAAAAAAAAAAAAAAAAAAAGGGAAUACUAUUCUUUGCAUUGGGAAAUACCUAAUGUAUACAUACAGCUUGGUUACUAUUUUCUGAUGACAGUCAGAUUAAUCUGGACACCAGCUGCCUUUUGUCUUGUGGUUCAUUCUGUAAAUCAUUUCUUCUUGCACAGUCUGCGUUUGAUGAUUUAUGGGUAUUUCUAAAGUUAUUGUGCCAA